AUGGAUGAUUUGCUUAUUAUGAAAGUCUUAUAUCUACUGAUGAUCGGACUUUUAGCCUUAGCAGUAGGGAUUUUGCCUCUUUAUUCAAAAAUUUUCCGCAAAGGUCUUGUAUGAGCCAAUCUUGGAACCUGCUUUUCUGGAGGAAUUUUUCUGUCGGUUGCCCUUGUAGAUUUACUUCCAGAAGCAACAAAGCGAGCCCAUGAAGUCAUGGGGUCAACCAAUAAUUUGGCGAAUAUUUUGGUCCUAUGCGGCUAUUCUUUGAUAUUGUAUAUUGAGAAAAUAGGAUUUGCCUCAAAAAACCAUCAUAUAAUUAAUAUUCACAGCAGCGAAGCCGACGAUAAUGUUAUUUCGUUCAAAAAUCAAAGCAGAAAAACCUCAUACACAGAUUCAAUUUCACAAGAAUUUUUAAAAAAUUGUUUUUCUCCAUUACUAGAGAAAGACGAAAUAGACGCUGAAAAUAUUUUUUCACAAGAUUUAAUAUCAGGACUAGUUAUGGCAGCAGCACUAACGAUGCAUAAUUUAUUAGAAGGCAUUGCAAUUGGAUUGCAAAAGACAGAAGCACAUUUUUUCAAUAUCGCGUUAGCAGUAUUGCUGCAUCAUUUUUUCGCAGCUUUUGCGUUAGGUAUUAACAUAAAAGAUCUUCCAAAAGCGCAAAGUUUGCCACUAAUGAUUUCAUUUGUGGUAUCAGAACCUAUUGGAAUUGCAGCAGGAAUAGGAAUGUCAAGCAUGGAGCUGCCAUUAUUAGAUGCAGUAUUUCUAGGGUUAUGCACUGGAACUUUUCUCUAUAUAUCGUGCUCUGAUAUAAUAGUUGACGAGUUUUCCAACCCUGCUCAUAAAUACAAAAAGUAUUUUUCUUAUUUGUUGGGAAUUGGAUUAUUUACAUUUCUUAUGGAAGUCGUAAGAAUCUAA